CGCGCAGGGCCCGGUCAUUGGUGGAGCGCAGGACAGCGAGCGGCGCGGUGGAUAGACUGCCGCUUCGCUAUUGGGGGAGGGAAGACAAACUGGAUCCGAACAACAAAAAAGACCAGAUAACAACAAUAUCAAGUUGGAAAUAGAAAGCGCGAUACGCGGCUGCUCGAACAUAUUUACCCGUUAAAAAUACUUUGGAUGUCAGCAUGGCUCAGAUGUUUACUAUAUCAGACAGCGAGUCAGAGCCCUCAGAGGAGGUAGGAGAAACCGAAAAGGACCAAUCGUCUGCCGGAAAGGGGAUGACUGGCGGUCCAAUAGGCCACGCCCUCACUGUGCCUGAGAUGAGACUGGCAGGAGAGGGUCGGUUGAGGAUGAACUCAGAGUCCCAGGCCCAGGAGCUCCAGGGUAGGGGGCCAGGGGUGGAAGGCGUGCCCACAGACGGAGCAUCUUUCCGGGGUCGCUCCCAGUCGGCCCCCCCUGCCCUCUGGGCGGCCAAGAGAUACGGGCGGCAGCUCCGACGCAUGAGUGACGAGUUUGAUACGUGGCUGGAUAAAGGGGAGAUGAGGCGGGUGAAGAGUGCAGGAGCAGCCAAACAAAUGACCAAGUCCCCCAGCUGGUGGGCCUACCUGUUCAGUCAUAAGGAGACAGAGACAGAACAUACCCCUAUCAUCCCACCACGAUCAUCUGAGUAGAGAGGAGGAUGGAGGGGGGGGUGGAGGGAGAGGAAGACGAGAGAGCUGGAGAAGGGAGAGGAUUGGAAGGAGAGAGGGAGAGACAGAGGAUGGAGAGAGGGAUGGGCCUACCUGUUCUCUCACCAAGAGACAGAACCCAGCCGUAAUCGUACCGCUAUUGAACCACGGUCAUCAGAGUACAGAGGAGGGGAUGUUUCCCAUGACAAUAAAGCCCCUUGAAUUGAAAUUGGGAGAGAAAAAGAGGGGGACAGAAGAUGAGAAAGGGAGAGAUGGGCCUCCCUGUUCUCAGCUGCUACUGACCCACGAUCAGCAAAGUGUAGAGAGGGAUGGAAGGAGAGAGACGGAUGGAGGGAGGGAGAGGAAAGAGAGAGGGAUGGGGGGAGAGGAAGGAAGGAGAGAGAUGGAUAGUGGGAGAGGAAGGUGUUGAGAGGUAGGAGACAGUAAUAAAUAAAAGGUCAAUCAAAAUAAAGUAGAGGGUGGAGAGAUAGGAGGCAGAUAAAAUGAGACUAAAGAGGUGGAUGAGACCUUACCCAUACAAGAACAACUAGUUUGCCAGCAAGAAAUAGAUUUAACUUCACUCUAGUGAAAGCAUCCACCCAAAGCCCAAGCAGGCCUUUAGUUAAUCAUUUGGACUGUUUCUCCCAUUAACACUAUGCAACACUGAGAGAGUCCAGACAACAUGCACUGAGACAGAACAAAACAAAAUGGAGGUCGGGUUCUCUCAUAAACUCUUACUGGUCCCUCCCUUCCCCCCUCCCUUCUUCUCCAAUGCAUUUUUAGAAGAACACGAGGAGGGGUGGUGUAAGGAAUCAAGGAAAGAUGGAUUUAGAAUGAGUGUUAAUGUGGUUGUAUCCCAAAUGGCACCCUAUUCCCCACAUAGGAAUAGGCCCUGGUCUAAAGUAGUGCACUAUAUAGGGAACCGGGUGCCAUAGGCCCUGGUCUAAAGUAGUGCACUAUAUAGGGAACUGGGUGCCAUUUGGGACAGAGACCGUGUGAUAGUUCACAACCACCGCCAUCUUAAGAGUGAUGGCUGCACUCCGACAACUAGCCCCAUUUCAAAAUAAAUUUCUCAAAUAUGAAGAACCAUCUUGUUUAAAUGACAAUCUUUGAUAGCAGUGCUUGCUAAUGAUGUGUUUUGUAUUAAACAAGAACUGCAGGGGAACAUUUUUAUCAGACAAUAGAAAUGAAUUGGACUUAAGCUGUGGACUUUCAGAGCAAAACCAAUGAGAAUUAAAGACGUGGGUCUUUAAUAACUGUAAAUACUGUUAAUAUUGCAAUGAAUGAAACUAAAAAAAAAAGGACAAUAACAUGUAAACUGCUGAACAACAAAAUGUGAUUUUUUUUUAUAUUCAUGUUACUAUGGCUGUGUCCCAAAUGGCACCCUGUUCCCUAUACAGUGCACUACUUCUGACCAGGGCCUAUAUAGGGAAUAGGGUGCCAUUUGAGACGAAUCCCCUCUGUAAGCAUGUAUCUUGUCUUUCUUUUUUUUCUACUUAGAGGUGCUACUGCAAGGUCUUCCGUUGCAGCCCAAAUCAACCCCCUACACUUCCAGGCGGUCCCAAUUCGUUCCCUACCCCCUCGAUGUUAGGGGCUGGAUAGGUAUAAGCAGUACAGGUGGUUGACCUUUCAAAAAUAAAAUCCCAUAUCUGUAAACAUUGAAUGGUUAGAGCUCGGGUUCCCAAGUGGCGCAGCGGUCUAAGACACUGCGUCUCAGUGCUAGAGGCGUCACUACAGACACCCUGGUGUGAUUCCAGGCUGUAUCACAACCGGCUGUGAUUGGGAGUCCCAAAGGGUGGCGCACAGUUGGCCCGGACGAAUUUGUUCUUAACUGACUUGCCUAGUUAAAUAAAAGUUAAGUGUUUAAAAAAACAUGUUUUAUUCAGAUCAGUCCGUCUUUAUAGUGCACUACUCCUGAUUAGGGGGUAGGGGUUGAUUUGGGAUUCAGCAGUAGCUUCAAUGAUCUGCCUUUCUGUACGAGUCCAGGCCUUUCUCUGUGACUGGGCCAUGGCUGCCAGCACUACCUACCUACCUACCGCCUUAGGCCCCGGGGCUCAGUCACACGGCAGAGAAGCACAAACACGCCGGGUAUGUCCCGCAUCACAACGUUGGCAAUACUCUGCAGCGGUAUGUAGAGCAAUCCUUUUCAACAGACAGCUUGUCACACACUACUGGUGCCUGCAGCACACGGGCUGUGUUCUAGAUCACAACGUUGCUAAACUAAUCUCUGCAGUUGUGUAUAUAUAUAUAUAUAUAAAGUGUUUAUCAACAACAACAAAACGUUGGUCGGUAAAUCUGUGCAACAUCUGUUCUUUCCCCAUUUCACAGACCUUUCCCUACAAGGUUUUUUUAUUCUGCCUUUCAAACCUGUAUUUGUUUUAAACUGUUUUUUAACUUGGUUUGUGCAACGUUUUGUGGUGUUGAACGUAUCCUGUUAAAACCGGACUGGGCUCGAGUCUAGAUAGAAUUGUGCAAUGGGAAGUUUGCCUUGCGGUCUUCUCUUGCUUGCAUCCCAAAUGGCACCCUAUAGGGAAUAGGGUGGUUGGCAUUUGGUAUUCUCUAUAGGGAAUAGGGUUCCAUUUGGUAUUCUCUAUAGGGAAUAGGGUUCCAUUUGGUAUUCUCUAUAGGGAAUAGGGUUCCAUUUGGUAUUCUCUAUAGGGAAUAGGGUUCCAUUUGGUAUUCUCUAUAGGGAAUAGAGUUCCAUUUGGUAUUCUCUAUAGGGAAUAGAGUUCCAUUUGGUAUUUUCUAUAGGGAAUAGGGUUCCAUUUGGUAUUCUCUAUAGGGAAUAGGGUUCCAUUUGGUAUUCUCUAUAGGGAAUAGGGUUCCAUUUGGUAUUCUCUAUAGGGAAUAGGGUUCCAUUUGGUAUUCUCUAUAGGGAAUAGGGUUCCAUUUGGUAUUCUCUAUAGGGAAUAGGGUUCCAUUUGGUAUUCUCUAUAGGGAAUAUGGUUCCAUUUGGGGCCCAAUCUCUGGUAUUACUUGAAACUUGAUGUGUGUGGGGGGGGGGGGGGGGGAGAAAUCUUGAAUACUUUUGCUUUCUUUUUCUACAAAAUUACUUUUGUAAAUGUAUUUUCUUUUUGUGACCACUUGGUGUACUAUGGGCAUAAGUAAACAAAUAAACAAAUCAUUUUUACUAAUCAUUUA